ACAGGGCAGGAGAGAGAAAACUGGGGGAGACAGUAUGUCAUCAAAAUGUACUCAAAGCAAGGCCCAACAGAUGCAGCCUCAGGUUCAGCAGCCAUGUCUCGUCAUAGCCAUACCAAUGAACCAGCCCUACUCCCAACUGAAGAAGCAGGAGUUUGUGGACGUCAGCCCGCCGCAGAGGAACUGGAAGGGCAUCGCCAUCUCUCUGCUGGUUAUCGUGGUGGUCUGCUCCCUCAUCACCAUGUCUGUGGUCGUCCUCACACCCUUGGAGGUCCCCGGCAGCAGCAAAUCCAGGCUGACUGUGGCAGAUCUGUAUAAACCAGAGUUCAGCAUUCAUGACCCUGAGGCCACGUGGAUCAGCGAUUCAGAGGUGGUUUACAGGAACCGAGACGGCCACGUCAUCAAGUUCAACUUCGCCUUGAAUGAGACGGAAGUCAUCCUGAGCAACAACACUUUUGUGGCUUUCAAGGUGGCAAAGUACUCUCUCUCUGCAGAUCUGAAGUAUGCGCUCUUCGCUUACGAUGUCAAACAGAUGUACAGAUAUUCAUACACGGCCUCCUACAUCGUCUACAACAUCUACACGAGGGAGGUUUGGGAGCUAAACCCCCCUGAGGUUCAGAACGCAGUCCUCCAACACGCAGCGUGGGGAAGACAAGGACAGCAGCUGAUCUACAUCUUUGAGAAUAACAUCUACUACCAGGCAGACGUGAGGAGCAUCUCCCUGAGAAUCACCUCCUCUGGGAUGGAGGGAGUCAUCUUCAACGGGCUCCCUGACUGGUUGUAUGAAGAGGAGAUUCUGCGUUCACACUUGGCUCACUGGUGGUCGCCGGACGGAGAGCGGCUGGCUUUCCUCACCAUCGACGACACCCUGGUACCGAACAUGGCUCUGGCCCAGUUCACCGGCAGCACCUACCCCCGAGGACUACAGUACCCGUAUCCCAUGGCCGGUCAGACAAACCCUGCCGUCAAGCUGUCGGUGGUCAACCUGUUCGGAGCGACACACACUCAGGAGCUGCAGCCUCCCGAUCAGCUCAGACACAGAGAUUUCUACGUCACCAUGGUGAAGUGGAUCAGUAAUACUCACGUGGCCGUGCGGUGGCUCAGCCGGCCCCAGAACGCCUCACUGAUGACGGUGUGUGACGCCACCUUAGGAGCUUGUCUUCAGAGACACGAGGAGUCCUCAGAGACGUGGCUUUCCAGACAGACACAGGAGCCGCUGUUCUCCAAGGACAGGAGCAGGUUUUUCCUCGCUCUGCCCGUGAAACAAGGAGGUCAGGGAGACUUCCACCACGUCACCAUGUUCACCAAGAAGAUACGAAGCGACCAGGACGAAGUCCGCCACCUGACGUCAGGGGACUGGGAUGUGACGAAAAUCGUAGCUUACGACGAAAACAACCAGAUCGUAUACUUCCUGAGCACAGAGGACUCUGCACAACAGAGGCACUUAUACAGCGUGUCCACCCUUGGCCUGUUCCCGCGGCGAUGUCUGACCUGCGGGCUGAAGGAGGGCUGUAUGUUUUUCGACGCAGACGCCAGCCCCGAUGCGCAGCACGCCAUCCUGCACUGUAAAGGCCCUGGAGUUCCAGCUCUGCUGCUCCUCAGCUUUGACAACGUGGACUCGUAUUUCAUCUUGGAGAACAACCUUCCUCUGCGGUCUGCGCUGGAGACUAAAAGGACGAUUCAGACGGAUAUCCGGAUCAUCACUAAUGACAACUUUGAGCUACCUCUGAAGCUCAUCUAUCCUCCUGACUUCUCUGAGUCCUACCUCUACGGCCUUCUCCUUAUUGUUGGCAGUUCUCCAGGAGAUCAGACGGUGACAGAGGAGUUCAGCUUGGACUGGAACUGGGUACUGGUGGGAUCUGAGCAGGUCAUUGUGGCGCGACUGGACGGCAGAGGGUCGGGGUUCAGAGGUCAAAGGGUUUUACAGCAGGUCCAUCUGAGGCUCGGCACAGUGGAUGCAGAGGACCAGAUAGCCGCUCUUGAGUACCUGGUGAAGCUGCCGUUCAUCGAUCGCACUCGUGUCGGAGUCUUUGGAGAGGACUACGGCGGCUUCCUCACACUCAUGAUGCUGAAGUCGACGGAGAAGCUGAUCAGAUGUGCUGCAGCUCAGGCUCCUGUCAUUGACUGGUCCAUGUACGCUUCAGCGUUUUCUGAAAGAUACUUCGGUUUGCCUUCAACUGAGGAGAACCGCUACCAGGCGUCCAAAGUCCUGCCCAACCUGAAAGGUCUGCAGGGAGGAACUCUGUUUCUGGCUCACGGGACGGCCGACGCAAACGUUCACUUCCAGCACUCGGCAGAGCUCAUCAAACACUUGAUAAAGAUCGGAGCCAACUACACUAUGCAGAUUUAUCCAGACGAGGGACACUUUCUGUCCAAACGCAGCCGGAUUCAGCUGACUCAUUCCCUGAUUGGUUAUUUCAGAGGCUGUCUGCUCGAUGCGUCAUCGUUACUCAGCCAACAGCGUGACGACGAGUGAGAGGCUGCUGGAUGGCGUUCGACAACUGUGUGUGUAGGUUUGUGUGUUGACGAGCAUCUGUGCCCCUGGUAGACUGAUUUGAGUGUGUGUGUGUGUGUGUGUGUGUGUGUGUGUGUGUGUGUGUGUGUGUGUGUGUGUGUGUGUGUAUGUAUGUUUUAUACCUGUAGCACAAUGUUGGAUGGACAAAACAAGCUUCUUAUCAACAUAUCAGACCAGUUUCCAUCGCUCAUCACGUCAGUAGACUAAAGCUCCUACACUCAGCUCUGUUGUCAAGUAUUAUAAUGCAGUUUUCGCCUGUAGGGGGCGCUAGGUAGCAAACAAUCUAACGGAGGUUGAUUAGAGAGGUUAUCUCUUAAAUUCUUAAACUCUUAAAUUCUACAAAAAAAUGGAUGCAGUUUCUUGGAGGUCUCUAAACAUGCACUGACACUUUUUUGCUAAUUUAAUGAAAUUAGCACAAAUUUCUGACACACAAUGAUUUGAAUGAAAUAUACUUUUGACUUUGACCCCAGAAACAUUCGUUGUUAAAGACCCUUAAAACCCGUUGUCAUGGUAACCAACCUUGUAUUUGGUAUUCUGCCACAGACGACACAGUCAGGCUUUAGGAAGAUGUUGUAUUGACGGGUUGAAACCGCCUGUCACUACAGGUUGUUUGCCUGUUAUUAAAUGGAUUUUUUUUAGCAGCCUGUUAUAUCGAUUACAAGCUCUUUCUCUAAGUAUUGAGAAUUUUUGUCUUCAUGCAAAUUGCCCCAAUCCGCUCUGUCAGUGUGGGCUAAAACUGUUUUCAAAAGCACGGGCAUCAUUGUUCCUCCAAAACUUCUGACAUCAAGGACAUUGCUGUGGCUAAUUGUUCCUCUUAUGGCGCCUUCGUAUCCUCUUUACUGUCAUUUUAUUGCUUCAUCCGUGAGUGAUUCACUUGUACAGCCUCUUAGAAGUGUCAUGUCUGCUAAUUUGUAGUUAUUGAAACAUUUCUUAUGACACUAUCUCCUUAUUGUGAUUUAUUUAUUAUUUUUGUAUUUAUUUAAUUCUAAAAAAAAGUGGCAUUUUUGGGACAUGAUGCCGGUGAAGUGUCUAAGAUUUCCCUGAGAAAAUCUGCGUUGCCUUCAGUUGUUACCUGAACGAGCGGGCGUGAGGGGUGUAGCCUUUUAUUGCCCCGGGUCUUGCCUGUCAGGCUCCUUACAGGCUGCCUUACCUUAAUCCUGAAGGGGGUUGGGGCUCUAUGCAGCCUGCAGAAACUGCACGUUUUGUUUGAUUAAAUCUAUAUUUAAAUUUACAAUUAAUAUUUUCCCAAGAAAGACACAAUAAGACAGUUUCGCACAAUUUUCUUCAGAACGUAUCAGGUAUUUGUAAAUGAUAAUAUGUAUGGUUAUAUUCUACUAUGAUUAUGAAAAGCACAUAAACUGAUUUUGAUUUAAUUUAUUGAUUGAAAUGUUUUUGUUGUUAAUGUUCUCUUAUUUAAACCCCCCCUGUUGCUUCACAGUUGCAGGAUUUAAAUGAGAUUAUUGAUGAAUAGCUACUAGCCACUCACAGUCCAGGCUGUUCUUUGUUUGGGGAUAAAACAAACAAAGCAAACACUAUAAUGGGAAAAAUAAUCUGCAGCAGGUCUGUUGCCGUUUACGUGGCGAUGUACCACUUAUGAUGUAUCAUUUCUGCUGUAAUGGACUCAUCUCUCAUGUAAAAAUGUCAUUAAUUGAAAUUUGUCUCACCACUGUUCUGGGUAAAUUACUUCAAGUGCAAUUGCUCUACACUUUGCAGUCAUGUUUGUGCAUUUCCAGCCGCUUAAAACGUGUUUUUUGCUGUACCAUGCAUUUUGGAAGCGCUGCCAUAUUAUAGUCUUAUCCAUGAAGUAUUGCACUAAAAGGCAUCGUAAGUGUUAUGGCAACACAGAGCAUGAGAGCGCUCUUCAUUGUGAUUAUGGGUACGAGGGUGAUUCAGACGAUUACUGUCGGGUGCCAUUAAUCACAGUGAUGAAUGUCCUCUGUGCUGGGGGGGGGGGGGGCGACUCGUGUCCGGUGUCUGGAGUUUCAUUUUCAAAAACAGGGGGGAAACCGCUGUUACAAGAGUUGGUAUGAACUGUGGUGAUAAUCCCCUAACACUGGGCUAGCAAUCGGUUGCCAUGCCAACGUCUUUGGUAUCCUUGGAUACAGCUACACUCUCAUAAUUCAUUUAAAGAUGAAACAUGGAGCUCUUUGCAUCUUGGGCCGAGCAGCCGCUGAUGCAACCCCAUCCUACGUUUAUCCGCUAAGAAAUCAACACUGUCUGUGCUGCGUAACAUCCGAGUCCAAUUUAAAGUGUCAGUAUGUGAAGUCAUGGCUAUUGUCUUUAAUGGGGUUUGUACUGUGAGUUUAACUUGAUUUUCUUCUGGGAGGGGGUCGGGGGGGGCGGAUGUUGUGAA